UAACAAGUUAAACUAAAUCAAAUCAAAAAAUAAAUUCAAAUCAUAUGAUACCUUUUAUAAUAAUCAAAUCUAUAUAAUAAAAAAAUCAAAGAAACAAACACCAUUGGUUCUCAUUUAAAUCCUAAACCCUAGAGUUGAGUCUAACCCUCUCCGGAGACAAACUUGAGAAAGUGAAACCAUCAACCAUGAAGAUGGAUAGGAUCAGUUUGUUACCGGACUCUAUCCUUUGCGACAUUCUCUCAUACCUCCCAACAAAAGAAGCUGUAUCCACCAGCAUCCUCUCUCGGAGGUGGCGUCAUGUUUGGAAGGAUCUCCAAGUCCUUGACAUAGAUGAUAUACCCUUUCGGUACACUCUGGAAUGGGAACCUCGAUUUGUUUCAUAUGUGAAUGCUAUUCUAGCUCAGCGCAAUCCAGAUUACCCCAUCGAAAAGUUCCGCCUCACUUGUGAAGAAGAUUCAGAAGAUAGCCUACCCAUCUUAACAUGGCUUGAUGCCAUUAUUAGGCCCCACCUCCAAGAAUUGUAUCUCUGCCUUGAUCUAGUGGUUGGAAUUGCCUUGCCUGAAGCCAUACUCACUUUUCCAUCACUCAAGUCCCUUGUUUUGAAACAUGGUGAUUAUUUCGAUUAUUAUCCAGAGUUUCCAAAUGUUUAUCUGCCAUCCCUCAAGAACCUAGAGUUAGAUACCCUCUGUGUGGACCCUAGCAAGCUUUUAUCCGGCUGCCCUGUUCUUGAAAAUCUUAUGCUCAUUGUACCGGACAGAGUCUAUAAUAGUUAUGUUUAUAUACCUACAAUCCAGAUGCCUCGCACAUUGAAAAGUUUAAUCUUUGAAGAUAAAAGCACCGUGGAUAAUGACAUUAACCAUCGUGUGAUAGAUACGCCAUCUCUUGAAUACCUCUAUAUGAAAAUAAUCGCCAAAUCUAAGCUACAGGUAUCGUUUAGCAAUUUCCCUAACAUGGUGGAGGCGCAUCUUCAUAUUCAUCAUGAACGUGCUGUGCAUGUCCCUUGGGUUCCUGAGCUUCUCCUAGCACUCCGCCAAACAAAAUUGUUGGCAUUGAAACAUCUCACAACACUGUGCUUCUUUAGUGGUGUAACUUUCGGGAUUCCGGAAUUUCCCCGUUUGCUGAAUCUAGAGCUUGAUGUUCCAUGUAUGAACACAGACUUCCUACUAAACUUCCUUCAUAAUUGUCAUGUACUUGAAGAUCUCGCGGUUCAUGUUUGGAAGAGUGAUAUUUUUCGUCAGUAUUAUGGGCCAGCACCACCAACCAUGGUUCCCAAUUGUGUGACGUCACAUCUCAAGAGUUUUGAGUUUGGAGGAUAUAGAGACUCUGCAGGUGAGCGUGAAUUUAUUGCAUAUCUUUUACAAAGAGGACUUGCUUUGAAGACGGUCACAAUUCAUCUUACAUAUGUUUUUGACCAAGAUACAAGAUACGAUAUUGUCAGGGAAUUAUCUGCUAUACCAAGGGGCUCUACAACAUGUCAACUAAAUUUCAUUGACGUAAAUCCGGUUAAACAUAUUUUUGGUAACACUGGAUCUGGAUUUUGAAAUUGUGAUUGAUCUCUUGCAGAUCUUGUGAAGAAUUUGAUACUUAUGCAAGAGAUGUUCGAUAGGAUUGAGCGAGAAUCUGGCUGAUAUUUAUGCAGAAAAACAAUAUCAAACACCAUUCUGUCUGCAUUUGGAUUGUGCUUCUUCCAAAAUCGGAACCGGCGGCCGGCGAGUGUCUUUCCCGUGAAACUUUUCUCAACUUCCAAAAAUCUUUGCGCUUCUGCAAUUCCUUGAUCCUUCCAAAAUUAUUAAGUGAGAUAUGCCAAUGAUAACCAUCUCCAGUACCAUCAAACUUAGGAGAUUUAGUCAAUGAAAACACCGUUUGAUAUGAUAUUAUAUCAAAAAAAUAAAGAGAAUUAAAUAAAGAUGAGAAAAAAUAGAAUAGAAAUCUCUAAAAUUAAGGCCAAAAAAAAAAUUAACUUUCAAGUAUAUCAUAUUCCUAUUUAUAGUAUAAUUCUCUAAUUAGACUAUACACUCAUAUUACUUCUAAUAGUUGAU